AUGGCUGCUGCUGAAAUUGUGCAUUUGCCUCUUCCCACUCUACCAGAGGGGUGGAGUGCAGAGAAAGACUUGAAAAUCAUCAGUUCACUAUCCAACGCUACCCAGCGGAACGUAGAACCUGUUGGACCUCACUUUUUAGCCCAUGCCCGCAGAAAGCGCCAUCAACGGACAUUCUCUGAGGAUGACAGAAUCCAGGCCCAGGAAAGUGUGAAGAAGAUCGAAGAAGAUGAAGCCGACGAGAUCAGUGAGCCUGAGGAUCCCAUUAUGCUUCAGAGGGAUGCUAAGGAUUGGAAGGGCCAAGAUCACUACGCCGUCCUCGGAUUGAGCAAGCACCGGUACCGUGCCACAGACGAGCAGAUUAAACGCGCUCACCGUAAGAAGGUGCUUCGCCAUCAUCCAGACAAGAAGGCCGCAUCGGGUAACGCCGACGAGAACGAUAGUUUCUUCAAGUGCAUCCAGAAAGCUACCGAAAUUCUCCUUGACCCUGUCAGGCGCCGGCAAUUCGACUCCGUGGACGAGCUCGCCAACGUACCACCUCCUGGCAAGAAGAAGGGCAAUUUCUUCAAACUCUGGUCCCCGGUCUUCGAAUCGGAAGCUAGAUUCUCCAAAAUCCAACCUGUCCCCAAACUUGGCGACGAAAACAGUACCAAGGAGGAGGUCGAGGAAUUCUACAACUUCUGGUACAACUUCGACAGCUGGAGGUCGUUCGAGUAUGAAGACGAGGACGUCCCUGAUGACAACGAGAACCGCGAUCACAAACGCCACAUCGAGCGCAAGAACGCCAACGCCCGCCGGAAGAAGAAGACGGAGGACACCGCCCGGCUGCGCAGACUAGUAGACGACGCUCUUGCUGCUGACGAACGGAUCAAGAAGUUCCGCAAAGCGGAACGUGCAAACAAGGACAAGCGCAAGCUCGAGAAGGAGGCCGAGGCGAAGCGCCUAGCGGAGGAGAAGGAGAAAGCGCGGCUAGAGGAAGAGCAGCGGAAGAAGGAGGCCGAGGAAGCUGCCAAGGCCGAGAAGUUGGAGGGCAAGAAGGCGAAGGAGGCCGCGAAGAACGCUGCCAAGAAAAACAAGCGUGUGCUUAAGGGCAGCGUUAAGGAUGUGAACUAUUUUGCUGAGGGUGGGGAUGCCACUGCGGCGCAAGUGGAUGGCGUACUGAACGAUAUCGAUGUGCUUAUUAGCAAAAUUAGCAAUGAGGAGCUUGCGGAGCUCGCUGCGAAACUCGCGGCCGCAGGAAAAGACGCAGCGGCUGUCAAGUCGACUUAUGGUGAAAUGGUCAAGGGGCUUGUUGGUGCUGGAAGGCUGAAAGAUGGGGAGACCAAGAUUUUGACUGCCUAG